GAGUCAAUUCACUCGCGUUUCAGUCGCCCAACAGAGCCGGAGAGACGAUGGCCACGACCCGCUCCUUUCUACUUUUUUCUCUACUUUGCGUAUUUAUUUACGCCUCUUACGGUCUCCCGGCGAAUACAGAUGGAAUAAUUGCUAAAGGCUCUGCAUCAAUUACAAGAGUGCCGGUAGAUGAAGAUGCUGUCGAAGAUGGAAGCAGAAAGGAAGCCGUCGUCGAAGAAGCCGAUGAUGGAGCUGCUGAAGAAUCAAGUAAUGAGGAAUCAAUAUUCGACACGGAACUGAUGAGCGGCGAUGAGGCUGAUGAGGACGAUGACGGCGAAGAACAGGGCGACUCAAGCUCCGACGGUCAGCAUCUCUUUCCUUCCUUCUCGUCCCUAUUCUCAACACCCCUGGGCCAUUCCAGGCCUACGAACGCAUUUUAUCAGGAACCUCUGAGAUCCUUCCAGACGGACACAUUCCAUAGGUCUUUGUAUGGCAAUGACGAUUCCGACAGGGUUUUGGGUUCUGGCAAUUUCGGCGUAAUCCGCGGCGGUACUUACUACAGUGGCGGUUCCAGCGACGAGCCCUUCACGAGGAACUCCCAUUCCAGGCCGUACCGAAGGCCGAACCCUCUCCCGCAGUUCAAGCACGGAGGGGACUUCUUUUCGGGCUUCAGGGACUUCGCCGACAUCACGACCCCUCCGAAACCGGCCUUCUCGGAGAUCAUAAUCGUUUACGCCAACAAGAACCAAACGGCUUCAGCUGGCAACGAACAGCCUAAGAACAUCCGGGACCUGAUCGAAAGGGAGAUGGCCAAGUCCAAGACAAAGAAGAAGCUGGCGCUUUACAAGGAAAAGACCCUGGCCAAAGAGUCGUCGAAGAAGUUCAGAACUAAAGAGCUCGAGCCUCUCCUCGCCCUUAGUUGAAAUACAUACACGAUCUGAGGCUUUAGGAUAUUCAAUUUGGUUUUUUAUUGAUAAACUUGAACUUUCAAAAAAUUUUACACCCGUCUCUACCAAAAAAUCGACAAAAAAGUUUUCAUUUAUUACAUACAUUUAAAGGGUUUACUGAAAAAAGUUUUUUAAAUAUCACUUCUUCGUCGGUCAUAUAUUUAUUCCCGGUUUGCUUAAUGUCUAUUCGAUUUGAUUUUUAUUUUGCAAAAGCCUAAUUUAGGCUUUAACAAGUUCAUGUUUUAUCAAGGAACAGCUCGAAGGAGGGUCAACGAAGUGUUAUCGUACGCUACCACUUAUGUUACCAACGCUAUUCCCUCAAAAGGAAAAAAGAUGUUACCUAUUCACUUGAUUUUACAUAAUCAAAUUAAGCGUAGACUUCAGCAAAAGCCUCUGAUACCUCUAUUGUACAGUACCUGUUCCUUAUUUGUAUAUAAACUUCCUUUUUUUAUAUUAAUCUUAUUUUUUGUUAAAAAUUCAUAAAUCUAAAAAAAAUAUAUAUAAAUAUAUACAUAAGUAUGAUUAUGUUUGUUUAACGCCAAAGAAACAUUUUCUCGAUGUGGAACAUUUUGAAAUUUAUAAGUCUUUUGCAAACUAAAACAUCUGUCUAAAUGUGUAUAAACGGUUAUAAACAUUACUGAAAUAUAUUUUAUUAUUAUUAC